AAAUCGUUUGACAAGAGCGUGAACUGCUGCACAUCUGAUACCAUGGAAAUACUGGCCCUCGACCACAAAAAUUGCCGCAGCGAUGAACAUCAAAAUCGGACAGCCAGGACCCAGGAACCAUCGAGGGUGAACAAGCAGGUCUCUGACAAGAUCUCCACCCGUCGUCCAGCAUGUCACAAUGCUUGGAAGCAACCCUGCGGUUUUGACUGCACAUACGACCCACAAGUGGAACUCUGCUGCAUCAACCAGACGUCCCACAGCGGAAGGGCUUACGGCCUUAAUUAUACCUGCUGUGAAGGCCACCUCACUCAUACCCCAGGCGUGUUCCAGGGGCGAUGCUGUGGCUUCGUGGGGUAUGAUCCCAGAAUCCAAAACUGCUGUGGCGGCACGGUGACCAGAAAAGAUGACCCGAAUCAAAACCAAUGUUGUGGGGAGAAGUCAUACAGUGUGAUGGACCAAAAAGAGCUGUGCUGUGAUGGAGUCCUUCACCCGCUGGGAAGCAAUAUGAUGGAAGUGAUGUGCAUCGGGAGCAGGAUUCACCACCGGGCAUUGGACACUCAAUGCAAUUCCAUUCUGCACCCACAGCCAGGCCUGCACUGCUGUGGACACCAGACCUACUACCCUGCUAGGGACCUGUGCUGCGCUGGACACAGAUGGCCAGAGAAGUGGGGAAUGGAUUGCUGUGGAGUCCAGUACUACGACCACAAUGACCCCAAAAAGAAGUGCUGCUCUGGCCACCUCCACAGCAGCGCUCCUGGCUCUCGCUGCUGUGGGGCCCUCCUAAUCACUGACGAGACCCUGCAGGAGUGCUGCGCCUCGACCCACGAGCAGCUGAUGUACCGCCGGAGGGACGGCUUCUCCUGCUGUGGACACCUGUACUACAACACUUCCCAGCACUCUUGCUGCGCGGGGCGCCUCCACACAGCCCCUGGCAUCCGGCCACAGGAGAAUCCUGGGCACUGUGAGCUUAUAACCUUUGACAACCUGAACACCUGUGACCUUAAAAAUGUACUCACAGGGUCGGUGGAGAGCAUGGCAGUAGAAAAUGGCUCCCGUGAAGUUGUGGUAAAGAGCGUCCUAUGGAUCCAUGAAGGGAAUAUGGAGGCCAAGACGGGUACCCACUUGCUCCGCUUGGACCAUUGCAGCUGCCCGCCGUUAACCAAGGACAGAUUCUACCUGUUCAUCGGAAACGGGACCGACAGAAUGAUCAUCUCUGACCUGGUCACCCCAGUCUUUCAGGUGCAUGACCUGCUGUCCAGGUGUCCUGCCAAAGCUGACUUUGGCCGGCUCACAUGGAGGGUGGAGGCGGAGGGGAAUAUGGAGGCCGAGACGGGUACCCACUUGCUCCGCUUGGACCACUGCAGCUGCCCGCCGUUAACCAAGGACAGAUUCUACCUGUUUAUCGGAAACGGGACCGGCAGUGGGCAAUCCAGCCAGGGGGAUGAAGUGUGCCACUUUGCUGAAUAG